AUGAAGAGGGACAUCAAACGCUGGGUCCAGACCUGCUUAUCCUGCCAGCGGAACAAGGUCCAUCGUCACAUUCGCCUGGCUCCUCCUGCUUUCCCACUCCUGUCGAGCCGCUUCGACCACAUACAUAUAGACCUUGUUGGCCCCCUACCAUUGGCCAGAGGUUUCCGGUACAUUCUCACUAUCGUCGACCGAUACACGCGCUGGCCGGAAGCCGUCCCCAUCACCGAUGCUACCACCCCCACCAUCGCCCAAGCGCUCAUCAGUGCGUGGAUAUCACGCUUCGGGGUACCCUCUGUCAUCACCACUGACAGAGGUCCUCAGUUCGAGUCAGCCUUCUUUACCAACCUCAUGCGGAUUCUUGGUACGAAGCGUUCCCGCACAACUGCCUAUCAUCCCGCAUCCAACGGCCUCGUUGAGCGGCUCCAUCGGCAGCUGAAGGUCGCCCUCCGCGCCGCCCAGCACACCCCCUGGCCAGAAGCUCUGCCCCUGGUACUGCUGGGCAUCCGAGCAUCCUUCAAGCCCGACCUCGGUUGCACCACUAGAGAUCUUGUUUAUGGUGCCCCCCUACGCCUUCCCGCUGACCUCCUUCAGGCCUCGCCUACCCUGCCGCUCCUGGCUCCCGCCGACUACUUGUCCCGGCUCCGGCACACCAUGGACGCUCUCCGCCCAACCACUCCCCGUUCCAGUCGCGUCUCCAACGCCUUCCAACACACCGACCUUGACCGCUGCUCGCACGUCUUCGUCCGCUACGACGGUGUCAAAAAAACCGUUGCAGCCACUUUACUCCGGGCCCUAUCCCGUCAUACGGAGAACCCCAGCCUACUUCAUGCUUCUCGUCAACGGCAGGGAAGACACCGUUUCCCUCCACCGUCUAAAACCUGCCUUCAUCGACGCCUCCACCUUGCCGGCCGUCGCAUCGCUUCGUCCCCCCCCCCGCUUCCCACCAGUCAGCCUGGUGACCUGUCGCCAGCCCUUCCCGUCCACAUGUAA